ACCAUGAGGAGAGUUGCUCUGUUUCUGCUACUGACUGGGCUGUUUGCCAGUGGACAAGACUGGCAUAACAACUAUGAUGAGCCUCUCAACUUUCAGUGCCCUCCAGGACAGUCAAUAUCCUCCAUCAGCAGCUAUCACAACAGUUAUCAUGAUGACCGACGUUGGAAAUUUAGCUGUAAACCCACCUUCAGCUGGGGUACAGACUGUUUCUUGUCACCUUAUGUCAAUGACUUUGACGAAAUGUUCAGCUUCGAGUGUCCACCGCACCAUGUGAUCGCAGGAAUAAACAGUUACCAUAAUAACUAUCAUGAGGACAGACGGUGAGCUGAUGUUUGAUUGAUUGUUAUGUUUAAACUUUGAUUCACUUGAGUUCAUCUGAACUGGUGUCAUUACCUUGUUUUCACACAGGUGGCAGUUUUACUGCUGUAGAAGUAAAUGCACUUCUGAGGUCAGGGGUCAUUCUCAUUCUGGCUGUCAGUGGACUUCAUUCGUGAACUCCUUUGAUGAGUACUUCUUCUGGACUGUGCCUAUCCAGAGAGUUCUGGUGGGGACUGGAAGCUACCAUGAUGAUUUUCAUGAGUGAGAACAAUUGCUUUCAUUUUAAGAAUAUAUCCCCUUGCUCAUUAGGUCAUUUCUUAUACUUAAGUCAAACAUGUCAGACUGUGUGCUCUGUUGCUCACUAAUGUGAUGCUUGAUUUACAUCUUUCAGAGAUCGCCGAUGGAGGUACAAGUACUGUCUCCAACAAUCAUGUAAAUCACAAGACUCACACAGUUCAGUGGAAC